AUGUGUAAGAGACGCAAGAUUCGCUGUGACGGGAAAGUCGCGGGUGGCAAAUGUUCGAAUUGCAAUGAUUUUGAGUGGAAUUGCACGUAUGAGAACGCGACGAAGAAGUUUCCGACGGGUUACGUUCAAGCGCUUCAGGCGAAAGUUGCAAAGCUAGAAGCACUACUUCGCGAGCUACACCCUGAUACGGACUUCACGCCUCAAGUAGGGAUCACCCUCACGCGCACCAACUGGAUGCGUAAAGGUGUUCUCGGCGAUGAUAAUCGUGAUAGUCAGGGUCCCCUCAAGGCUGGAUCGGACAAACUUGCUACCCUUGCGUCGCCCGUCACUUCGCACUCUCAUCAUACGGUUUCCCAUUCUCCCGCAGGCGCUCCUAUUCAGGAACAUCCCCUUCACAGUGGAGGUUCGACGAAGCCGACAUCUGACCCAAAAGAUGAGGAGCAGGAUGUCGUUAUUAAGCUCAACAAACUAUCCUUACUUUCGUCGAAGCUGAAGCAGACCCAUGUCGGAAACUACCACGGCAGAUCAUCGAACAGGGCGCUCAUGAUGAAUACAUUUGCCUUAUUCAAGGAACUUGAUCCCACUCCAAGCGUCGACGAUGCACCUCGAGAGCUCGACUUGAUGCGGUCUGAGUUUUGGGAACACCAGCCAUGGGAAAUCCGAUCUACUAUGGCGACCAUGCGAGAAUAUCGGUAUCCUGAGCCGAGCUUACUAGAACAGUUGGUCAGCCUAUACUUCAGCAGAAUAAACUUCGGGGUCCCGAUCCUGCACGAGCCGCUAUUCAGAAUGAACCUAAGAAAUCAGCUUCAUCGGAGGUCUUGGGAGUUUGGUGCCGUUGUGUUACUCGUCUGCGCUAACGGCGCUCGUUAUUCCGACGACCCCCGCGUCUUCGUUGUCGGGAGCAACAGCGAACACUCUGCGGGUUACGAGUGGUUCUCGCAAGUGACAUUCGCGCCCACAAUUGCACUAUCCUCGGAUGCAAGCCUCUUACAAGCUAUGGCCUUGGGUGUCAUAUAUCUCUCAGGGAAGUCUGAAGUCGCGGCUUGGAAUCUCUGCGGUACUGGUAUACGACUUGCGCAAAAUCUCGGCGUACAUCGUAAGCCAGCAUACGGUGCAGGACCAUCUAUCAACGACGAACUAUUCAAGCGCCCUUUCUGGACUCUCAUAGUGUUCGAUCGAUGGUUGAGUGCCAGCCUUGGAAGGGCGUGUGCAAUAGUUGAUGAUGACUUGGACCUUGACUACCCGACCGACUGUGACGAUGAAUACUGGGCGCCAACCGAUGGAUCACCAGCCUUCAGACAGCCGGAAGGCCAGCCCUCGCGCGUCUCGGCUUUCAUCUGUGUCCUGCAGUUGUCGCAGAUAUUGGCAUCCGCGUUACGCACACUCCAUGCUAGCGACAAGACCAAAGCCCGCCAUGGCUUUACCGGACCCGAUUGGGAGCAGCGUGCCAUCGCAUUCUACGACUCGUCGCUCAAUCAAUGGCUCGCUUCUUUACCAACACAUCUACGCUGGGACCCGCAGGAAGAGGAUCCGGCGCAUCUCACGAGGUGCGCUUCCCUGAUGGCACGGUACUAUGACACGCAAAUCAUCAUACAUCGACCGUCCAUCUCGUCUCAACAAUCGACUGCACUGCCCUCUUUGACCAUAUGCGCAAAUGCUGCUCGCUCGUGUCUCCAUAUCAUCGGCACACUCCGACGACGGACCCCAGGCCGUGCACCACAUUUGUAUUCAUGCGCCUUCACAUGUGGUGCCGUUCUACUCUACAACAUUGGUAAUUCGAGACGUCUGAAAGUACCAGAGAAUCCGGAGGACCUUCGUUGCGUGCAUAUAUGCAUGGACUACUUGAAGAGUCUAGAACACCGAUGGCAGUCAACUGGGCGUUCUUGGGAUUCUCUCAACAUCAUCUUGUCUUUAGGCCGACUAUCUUCUUCGAACGACCAACAAUCGCGUGGCCAGAAACGAGCACGGGAUGCUGCGGCUGACUCGGAUACGAGGCGCAGUACAGGCAUUAAGCGAUAUGCCGGCGAGACUGCCGGCUCACGAACGGAUACGUCUGGCGCACACCUACCAAAUACGAUGCAGGGCGUCCUUCUUAGCAAUUGGGCUGAGGCCAGCCCAUUCCCUUCAGUGUUCGCCGCACAUGAAGCUCAAGAAGGGUCGUCACCAUGGUCGGCCCAAUGGGAUCAGACUCGCACGGACUUCUCGGGGACAUUCGAUACUUCCUCUGCGUCUGGAGUUGGCACAGUGCAGGACGCCCAUCUUGGAGGCGCUGGCAUUGACCCUUGGCCAUUCGCAUUGGAUGGCGCCUUCAUGGCAGCGAAUAUGAACUCAGCCCCUUCACAGACGCUCGCAAGCGAUCCAUUCUCGGGCGUCGCAAGCAGCACUGGUGAUCAAGUAUUCGCGGCUCUCGGUGCAGGAAUGUGGACCGCCGGGCAGGAUGGCGCUGAAUUUGAUCCUUUGGCUUCUUGGCAACAUCCGCUACAGGGCUUCGAUGGUACAUCGGACAUGUAUAGAGAUCAGACCCAGAACCGUUACUCGUAG